UCCUUCAAGCUAGCAGCUUUCUCUCUCUCUCUCUCUUUCUCUCUCUCUAUCGACAAGCUGAAACAAGUUUUAUAGAUAUUAAAAGAAAAAUGGGAAGAGCUCCUUGCUGUGACAAGAAUGGCUUGAAAAAAGGGCCUUGGACGCCCGAGGAAGAUCAAAAGCUCAUCAAUUACAUACAGAAGAAUGGGCAUGGAAGCUGGAGAACCCUUCCUAAAAACGCUGGGCUCUCGAGAUGCGGCAAGAGUUGCCGUCUUCGGUGGACCAACUACCUCCGCCCCGACAUCAAGAGGGGAAGGUUUUCCUUUGAAGAAGAAGAAACCAUCAUCCAAUUACAUAGUAUAUUAGGAAACAAGUGGUCGGCCAUAGCCGCACAACUCCCUGGAAGAACGGAUAACGAGAUCAAGAACUACUGGAACACACAUAUCAGAAAGAGGCUUCUUCGAAUGGGAAUUGAUCCGGUGACUCAUUUCCCGCGCCUGGAUCUCUUAGAUCUAUCCUCGCUCCUCAACCCAAUGCUCUGCAACCCAGGGCAAUUGGAUUUGUCCAGGUUGCUCACUAGCAUCGACCCACUCGUAAACUCAGAGCUCCUGAGGCUCGCCUCCAAUCUCUUGCAGUCUCAGAGCCAAAACACAAAUCUCGUCCCAGCCCAAGAACAGCAGGCGCCUAAUCUCUCAACAAGCCAACAAGAUCUCGCCUCAUCUUACAUACAAAAUCUAGUUCAAUCGAACUCUCAAAAUGUUGAUUUUGAUAGCUCGGCGCAGUUCAAAUGGCAGAGUACUAAUAGAGCAAAUAAUGUUUGCAAUUUGGGGGACAAUUUUAUACCGGUUGAUAAUAAUGGUAGCUACAACGUCGAUAACAUGGGGCAGUACAUGGUACCAAAUUUCGUGCGGGAUCAAAAUGAUCAGACAGCAUUCAACUUCCAAAUUCCUUACGAUGUAAAUCAUGACUCAGUUCUGUCGACUCCAUCGUCAAGCCAAACGUUGAACAACUCUAAUUGCUCCACUUACCUUAACAGCAGUACAGAUCAUGAUCAGGAAAGCUAUAGCAGUGCUAACUUGUUCAACUUUGAGAUUCCUGACUUGCUUGAUGUAAGCGAUUUCAUGUAAAUUAAUGAUCGAGAAAAAUGCGAGGGAAUUAGAUCUGGCUUAGGAUGACGGAGAAGAGAAAGUGAGUUCAUUUUGUAUUUUACAUGUAAAUUAUACACCAAGCCAACAUAUUUUCAAUACAUGCAUUUCUCGCAUAUACUUUGAUGUGUGAUGGGCUGAUAUGAUUUA